CUUAACUUUGUCCUAAAUAGGGGGGUUAUUUGCCAAAAACACAAAGCUGGAAUGAUAAGCAGGGUCGCCUAUCUUUAUUCACCUUCAUACCUUUAAGUGUGCUUUGCACUUAUUGUUCCAGUUGCAGAGAGAUAGCUUUGCGACACAGGAGUUUGGCAUUCAAACACCCUUAAAUCCCUGACCCUAGAAUCGCCCCUGUGCAUCUGAUCAAACCGGGUGAGACAGAAGAUGACCGUUUAUGAGGAGGAGGAGGAGGCUCGUCAGCUCGUGGCUGGACGUUGAAACAAACGGAAGCUCCGGUGACUCCUCUCGUCCUCCGCGUUCCAUCGCGACGCAGGGAUGCAGCGGGUCACCAUGGCAACAGCAGCCUCCUCCCAGCAUGCAGUAGCCUCCCUCCCUCCCUCCCUCUCAGAGCGGCGUCAGGGUGGAGCAGCAGACAGACGGACAUCAGCAGCAGCAGAAGCAGCAGACAGGAGUGAUGAUGGAUGGAGACAGCGCCCCCCUCAGAGACGGGUCCGCCCAGGACGCUCAGAAGAUGAUGGGAGACCAGGCAUCUGUCAGGUCUCUGGACAAAUACCCAGGUGGAAGCGAAAGGGAAGAGCAGGAGGUUCAGGGAGAGGACGGUGACCAGCCGAAGAGCAGCACUGACGAGCAGCAGGAUGAGCCAAAAGAGCAGCACUCCGAGACAAAGACCAAACAGGAGGAGGAGGAGGAGGAGGAGGGGCAGCAGCUAGUAGGUGAAGAGGAAGACAAGAAAGAAAAACAGUUGGAGACUCCUUGCGCCUCCUCCACACCUUCUCCUGGAGACGAAAGAGAGGAGCGAGAGCUGACAAAAGAGGAACGGAAAGAUGAUGAAAAGGAAAAGGAAGAAAUGAGCGAGGAAGAGGGAGUCAAAGAGAAGGAGGUUCUGACCACCACACCUCCUCCGUCACAAGAGGAGGAGGAGGAGGAGGAGGAGGACAAAGUGGGAGGAGAUGAACAGGAAGAGAAGGAGAAUGACACGAUUGAUGGAGAGAGAGAGGAGGCGAAAGAGGAGAGGGAAUCUACAAUGAAAACAGAAGAGGGUCAGCUAGGAGGAGGAGGAGAUGGAGGGAUGGAGGUGAAGAAACAGGAGCAACCAGAGACACCACCAGUAGGAGCUGAUGAAGAGGAGGGGGUAGAAGAAAGGAUGGACAGGGGGAAUGAGGAGGAGAUGGAGGAGGAAGAAGCCGCAGGUGAGAGAGAGGAGGAGCAGCUGAAAGGAGGAGCGGUGACGUCAGCUGAGGAGGAGCAGGUGGAGUCUGUGGAAAUCCCUGACGGUAAGGCAAGCGCUCCUUCCCACCCAGGGGAACACGCCGAGGAGCAGGCGGAGACCCCCGACACACUGACCCACCAAACUCCCCCUGCUCCUCCGUCUUCAGCAGACCUGGAGAUCCCUUCCAGUAAAACAAGCGCUCCUAUGACCAACGGACCCAGCAAAGAGGGAAGAGGUCUGAGUCCUGCUGCAGCUCCUCCCUCCAGAACCAGAGCUCCACCCACAGCGGCUGUCCCCAGCCAGAAAACAAGCAGCUCUCCUCUGAAACAGGCUGCGCCAGCUAAGAAACCAAGCGCUCCUCCUCCCCUGACUAAAGCAAAAGCAGCUGACGAAAGCAUGAAGGCCUCUAAGACGGCCGGAGCAGCCAGAGCAGCCAAGCUGAUCUCAGCCAAGAGUACAGAGUCGGUCGACGGAGUCAGCAGUCCAGGGAGUCGUUCUCCUGCCAGCCGCUCGUCCACUCCGAACAAAGACGUGAAGAAGGUGGCAGUGGUCCGGACCCCUCCCAGGUCCCCUGGUUCUGCUCGUGGACGGACGGCCCCACUCCCCUCCCACCCCAUGCCCGACCUGAGCAACGUGAAGUCAAAGGUGGGAUCGACGGAGAACCUCAAACACACACCCGGAGGGGGCAAGGUUCACAUUGUUAGCAAGAAGCUGGAUCUCACUAAUGUGGCGUCAAAGUGCGGCUCCAAAGACAACAUCCGUUACAAACCAGGUGGAGGGAAGGUGGAGAUAAAGUCAGAGAAGGUGGAUUUCAAAACCGUUCAGUCUAAAGUCGGUUCCCUGGAGAACGUCACUCAUGUGCCGGGAGGAGGGAAGAAGAAGAUUGAGAGUCAGAAACUGACCUUCAGAGAAACCGCCAAAGCCCGAACCGACCACGGUGCCGACAUCGUCGUUCAGGCCGACUCCAGCCCUCGCCUUAGCAACACUUCCUCCCGUGGAAGUCUUAACGCUGCUGAAGCCACGCCCCUCGACACCCUGGCCGACGAGGUGUCCGCCUCCCUCGCCAAACAAGGCCUGUGAUUGGAUGACCCCUGUGCCUGAAGCCCCCGUCCCCUCUGAUACCAAGGAAACUGCUUGAUGGAAGAAAGAAAAAAAAAGAAGUCAUCAAUUUGCCUUUUUCUUCAUUACAUAUUACAUUCACUUCACACCAAAGAUCGGAGAGGUUUUAUGAUAUUAAAGUUUAACUGAAUGCAGCUAAACCACAUAACAGUCAGCCAGGUGCUCCAGAUGAACAGUUUAAUCCAGAUACACCCAGCAUGUUUUUAGCCUAGUUUAGCACAGACGCUGCAUACAAGAUGAAAAUAUUAGCGUAGCUCCAUUAAAAGAGAGAACAACUGCCCAUGUUGGUUCAGCAGACUCAUAGCUGGUGGAUGGCAAUUUUCCAUCUUCCUUCAGUCGUUGUGCUAAGCUAGGCUAAACAGAUUUUAAAUCUCUUUGUACGGAGGCAGAGAUUAGAUUUUGGAGGUCUUGAAUACAGGGUCAGAGAGAUGGUUCUUUGAGGAGGUUAUGAGCUUAAACAAGUUGUUCCCUGAGGAGAAGAAGCUGAGAUCCAUCAUCUGAUCUGACUCUGAAGACGCAGAAAAUGCACUAAAGCAUGCUAAUUGCUAACUUGCCUGGACCAGCCUAUUCGUUAGCUUUGUUCAUAAAAUCCCUCCAAUCGAAGAAAGCCUCUCUCUGAAGUCGCCUCUUUCCGCCAAUCGCCAUCACUUCUGUGUUUCUCAAAGCCCCAUGAUGACCCCCUGCUCCCAACAACUCCCAUCAGUGAAAAACCUACCCAGAAUGCAGUUUGAUACUAGGUGCCAAAACCAUUAUCUCUCUCUCUGCCUGUCAACUGUUAAAGUGCUCUGGACCAAUAAAGUUUCUCUUGGUUCUGA